AUGGACAAGAAUGAUAAGUACCAUUUUGUUCUUGUCCACGGAGAUUGUCACGGCGCAUGGUGUUGGUACAAGCUAGCGACGCUGCUUAAAUCCGAAUCUCACAAAGUCAGCGCAAUCGAUAUGGCGGGCUGUGGUCGAAACCUCGAAUCAGUUGAAUUGGAAAUCGUGUCGCUAACGGAUUAUAUGGCCCCAUUAAUGCUGUUCAUGGAGUCCCUACAUGAUGAUGAGAGAGUAAUACUUGUUGGGCACAGCAGGGGUGGAAUAGACAUUUCUAUUGCUAUGGAGAGAUUUCCACGAAAAAUCGCUGCGGCCGUUUUCGUAAGUGCCGCCAUGCCCGGCCCUCGUCUUGAUCUCCCAACCGUCUCCAAAGAGUUUGGCAGAAGAUUGGGUUCAACCAUGGACAAUGAGUAUGCUUACAGCCAAGGAGAGGACAAACCUCCAACAUCCUACCGAUUUGGCCCGAAUUUCUUGGCAUCAACUCUGUAUCAACUUUCACCGCCCGAGGAUUUGACUCUGGCGACACUUUUGAUUAGGCCAUCUCCUCUGUUUGUUGAUUUUCACUGCCCGUCCAAAGAAACUGCGCUAACAAUGGAAAAUUACGGUUCAGUCCCUCGUGUAUACGUUGUUUGUGACGAGGACAAGCUGAUGAAGGUUGAGAUGCAGAGGUGGUUGAUCGAGAACAACCGGCCAGAUGAUGUAAAAGUUAUCGAGGGUUCGGAUCAUAUGGUCAUGAUGUCCAAGCCACAUCAUUUGUCUUUGUGCUUGCUGGAGAUUGGGGACAAAUAUUGGCCUUCUUCAUGUAGCGCCCCGUUAGUUUAA